CUAUUUUCCAGUUUCCCACAUUCAAAGUGCCCUUAUAAGUUUCCCUCCGUUGCUUCCUUCUCCAUUACACUAUUCUCCAUUCCCCAAUGCCUUCUUCAUCCACAGUUAUCCACACAAUCGACGACGACGACGACGAAUUUGAUUGGGACUUAGCUGUGAAAGAAAUCGAUGGGGCUUUAGAAGCAACAGCAAUUUCCAACAGACCAUUUUCUUCUAAUUUUGCUUCUACUUCUCAUUCAAAUCACCAAGUUAAGGAAACCCAUAAGUACCCUUUUGCUCCUUCUUCUUCAAGACAAUCCACACUUGAUAAAUUUUUCCAAAAUUCCACCAAACAGGACAAUCGAAACGGGCUCGGACAAAAGAACGAAGAUGAUUUUGAAUCUUGUGGGCCCAGUGAAUCAUCUCAGGGCCCUAAUGAUGUGAAGAUUGAUCCGGAGGCUGCAAAAACUUGGAUUUUCCCAGUCAAUUUCGAUCGUCGUGAUUAUCAAUUUUCUAUCAUCCAGACUGCUCUUUUUAGCAAUACCUUAGUGGCAUUACCCACAGGUCUUGGGAAGACAUUUAUUGCUGCUGUUGUAAUGUAUAAUUAUUUCAGAUGGUUUCCAGAAGGGAAAAUUGUUUUUGCAGCUCCUUCACGCCCACUUGUUUUGCAGCAGGUGGAAGCAUUGCAUAAGUUUGUAGAUAUUCCACAAGAGUGCACAAUUGAUCUGACAGGUCAAACAAAUCCGUCGAGAAGAGCGAGCUUAUGGAAAGAGAGACGAGUUUUCUUUGUUACUCCACAAGUGCUGGAGAAGGAUAUACAUUCUGGAAUAUGCUUCAUGAGACAUCUAGUUUGCUUGGUAAUCGACGAGGCUCAUCGCGCAAGUGGAAAUUACUCUUAUUGUGUAGUAGCUCGCCAGUUGAUGGCAUGUAAUGUCCAAGUCAGGAUAUUAGCAUUAACUGCAACACCUGGGUCUAAACGGCAGGCAGUUCAGAACGUGAUCGAUAACUUGCAAAUAUCAACACUUGAAUAUCGAAAUGAAACUGACCCAGAUGUGCUCCCAUAUGUGCAUGCUCGAAAGAUUGAACAGAUAACGGUUCCCAUGGGCAAAGAUGCUGAUGAAGUUGGUGAACUCCUCUUGAAAGUCAUAUGCCCAUUAGUGAAUCGGCUUAAUGCAUAUGGGCUACUACUGAAUAGAGACUACCGGACAGUAUGGCUACUAUUACUUGAAAAUUCUUUAGAUGUUUUCUUUUGACUAUGAUGUAGUUGUUUGCUACAUUUUUGGGGAUGUGCUGUUCUGACUAGUCAGUCAGCGAAGUUCAGGUAUAGGAUAGUUGUUCAAUGAAGUCUGUCAUUAUCCUCUUUCCACGCUUUCUUCCUAUUUUUGUUCUGGUUAUGUUUUUCUUACGUAUUUGCAUUUCUCAGUGGAUUAUAGUGAUACAAUCUAUUGUUGAAGAGAUGCUAAUGCCUCCAUGUGGCUCCUAUCCUGCAAGACUUGAAAAAAUUGUUUGAUGCUAAGGCCCGUAUAGUGUACUUUGGCAUAGUUAGUAGCUGCAAAAGUAAAAUGUCUAUUUUAUUUUGUUAAAGAGUUGAAAAUAAAAUUUUAAGUUCUAAAUUUGAUUUAAUGUCAUUAGUUAGUGUUAGAUAUGUAGUCUUGUCCCACAUUGAAAUAGGAGUAGUAUGUUUUUGUAUAGUAUAGCUAUAAAUAAGGACCUCUUGUAUUGUAUUGAGCACACAAUAUAUCAAUAUAUAUCAUAUUUUCGCCCGUUCCUUCUCACAUGGUAUGAGCUAUCGUGAAAGAUUUAUCGCUGUGCAUAAAUUCCAGCGAUUCCGGGAAGUGAAAUCAGUCAUCAUAACCUUUUUUCCGGCGACUUUCAAAGUUGUUUUGUGUCUACUUUAUCUCGGUCAGUGUUGUGCAAAAAAUCUAACACUACCACAAGAGUAGUCACUGUCCGACGACCAAACCUCAGUGAAAAUCUCCGGCGGUACUGUAGCUGUCCGAAGAAAAUUUUCCGGCGAUGUUCCGACGUCGCGUGGGCCACCUUCCCCCCAUUUUUUGGCGAUGACUCUUCAAGACAGAUUGUUCCCCUUGCAAUUCCUAGCCUACCCAUCCAGGUUACACCAAAUUUCGACCACUUUUAUAUUUUUUCGGCGUGAAUAGUGAUUUCAAAAGUGGACUUCCGGCCAUUUUUUGAAAAGGUUCCUGCAGAACAGUUGGGUCGUCUGUUAAUUCCGAUCCUACCCCUACUGUUUUUAUUUUAUUCCGAUCACUUUGAAUUUUUUCCGGUAGCUACAGUAACUUUUCGAACUUUCCUAGAGUUACAGUAUUUCUGGAGUGAACAGUGAUUUCCGCCGCAGAACAAUGUUCUGUUUUCCUGCUGUAAACAGUGUUUUCUCAGCAAUUUCUUCAGUUUUCCCAAGAGUUACUAAUUUUCACUAUUUCAAGUUAACCCUACUACUAUUAAUUGUAGCGACAUGGGAACCGAUGCUUCAAAUAGUCGGAUGGUUUCUUUAGUGGAUUAUUUUGAGUUUCUUCAGUACAAAGCAGGUAAGCGGACAUCUUCUGAGAUAGCUUCCGUUGUUCAGACAAGUAAUAGCUUGACUUGUGUCUCUCAAUCUUCAUCCUCUGAGUUUUGGGUCAUUGAUUC